CACGCCCAUUACCAUAGCAACCUAAGUUACCUAACAACAAAAUUCUUGUCAGCUGUUGGUGUACCAUGAGGCUCUAUUCUUAGAGGUAAACAUGGGAUGUGGGACCUCGAAAGCUUCUGAGAUCGAUGAAAAGUGCAUAAACAUAAAACCCAGUCCGAAGAAAGGGCAGACUGAGAGCAAUCAGGAGGAAGGUCAUGUUAAAUCAGACCAUGUGAGUAAUGGUAAUGACGCAGCUAUGGCACCUGUUGCAAAUGGAUCAGAAACUGUCACGGCUUCUGAUCCUACAAAUAAGUAUCCUCCAGCAGUAGCCUUUGAUGUCCCACUAAAUGAAGAUGGGACUCCAAUGGAAAAGAAAACUAUGCCUAGGAAGCUCCAGAAAAUUAGUGUGUCUCUAACAAAAGAGCAGUUGGAGGAAAAGCAAAAAGCCGUUCUGGAGAGGAAAGAAAAGGAACUGAAGAAGAGGAAGGAAUCCUGUGGUGGUCGAAGGGCAUCAAGAAUUAGAAGAGAAAUAAUGGAUGCUAGAACAGAUGAAAAUCCACACAAUGAUGUGUCGGGCCAGAUGAGAAACCAGUUUGACAAUGAUAAGGAUUCUUUGUCUGGUAACAUUGAAGUAGACAACACUUAUAACUCAGCUAUCAGUGAAGAAGAUAUAUGGAAUGACAAAGAAAAUGCAUGAAAUAUAUUUUUUGUUUGGAUCAUCAAUUUUGCUUUUGGAUAACAAUUUUUUCAAUUUUUCUCAAAAAA